ACUGGUCUCCCAACAUCCCCUCUUAGGUUGGCCGAGUCUCAAGUUAGGCAGUCACUUUCUUGAACAAAAUCCUUAGCCAGCUUCCUAUUGUAUGUAGGUUUAAACUCAGGAUUCUUAACUUCUGCAAGGCCCCAUCUGACUCGACUCCUGUCUACCUCUCAUUUCCAUUUCUGGCCAUGCCCAUUCUUGUUCAUUGUCCUCCAGCCACAUGGUCUUUCUGUUCCUGAUUGUGCCAAGGACUUCCCACCUCCACCCCUUCCCAAGUACCAUUCCCCACUUGGGGUCUUUUGUCCCCUUCCUCACUCCUACACACACCAUCCUCAUAUCUCAGCGUCAGUGUCACUUGCACACAGGGCCUUUCUCUGACUUCUUAAUCUAAAUCAUAUGUUCUCUUCUCUCCCUCCUUGGGAGUGUUCUUUCAUUCUUAGCAUUCAUCACAGUUUAUAAUUCUAUAUUUAUUGAGUGCUUAUUUAUUGAAUAUCACUCCAGCAUUAAACUGUAUGUUCCAUAAGGGCUGGGAUCAUCUUUCUUUUAUUCACACUGAAUCCUCAAUGCCCAGUGCUCAGUAAACACACAUGGUAUAAAUGAAGAAACAAAUGAUCUUGUGAUUAAACAACGCGAUAGAUUCUCUCAUUAAAUUGACAGCUUUGCUGCUCGCUGUGGCAAGACGUAGUUGUUGGAAACCUGUUAAGGUGAUUCACUUUUCUAAACUGGCAGUGUGUUUCUUCACAUUCAUUGAACAUAUCUGUGGUGCUCACCUGUUAGGCUACAAGCUUCAGUUUAAUUUAUUAGGGUGCAUCUUUGUCUGAACAAAGCCUGAUUUCUGCCAGGAUAUCCUUAUGAACACAGAACCUGAAAAGGUCGUGUUCAGGUGUGAUCUCUGAGAAUCAUAAUUGGGCCCACUUCCAUGGCUUGCCCUCUUUUUUUGAAUACAACCUGGCAUAACCUUUGGAACAGAAGACUUGCUUGUUAUUGGGAUGGAAUCUGAAGCAAUAGUCAUUUUAAGACGGAGCCACCAGUGACCGUUACAGAAAGCUGCAUGCCCAGGAUUUGGGCUGUCUCGGAAAAACCCUCACUACCCUGUCUUGAUUGCCAGCUCUUGAGACCAAACUUGGAUAUCAGAUAUCUAGGAAAAGAGGAUGCUGGUGCACCAGUUACAAAAGACGAGAACACCUUCAUGUCACAGGACACAAGAGCUUUACCAGAGAAGUCGCUGCAGAGAUCAGCAAAGGUGGUUUACAUCUUGGAAAAAAAACAUUCCCGUGCAGCGACUGGCUUCCUCAAACUCUUGGCCGAUAAGAACAGUGAACUGUUUAGGAAGUAUGCCCUGUUUUCUCCCUCGGACCACCGGGUGCCUAGAAUUUAUGUACCUCUCAAGGACUGUCCCCAGGACUUUGUGACCCGGCCUAAAGAUUAUGCCAACACGCUGUUCAUCUGCCGCAUUGUGGACUGGAAGGAAGACAGCAACUUUGCCCUGGGGCAGCUGGCUAAGAGUCUUGGGCAGGCUGGUGAGAUCGAGCCUGAAACAGAAGGGAUACUAACAGAGUAUGGAGUGGAUUUCUCUGAUUUCUCUUCAGAAGUUUUAGAAUGUCUCCCUCAAGACCUGCCUUGGACAAUUCCACCAGAGGAAUUCAGCAAGAGAAGAGAUUUAAGAAAAGACUGUGUCUUCACCAUCGACCCAUCAACUGCCCGAGACCUCGAUGACGCCCUCUCCUGCAAGCCCGUCGCUGACGGCAACUUUGAAGUGGGAGUUCACAUUGCUGACGUCAGUUACUUUGUUCCUGAGGGAUCCAGUCUGGAUAAAGUGGCUGCUGAGAGAGCUACAAGUGUCUACUUGGUUCAGAAGGUUGUCCCCAUGCUUCCCAGGCUGCUGUGUGAGGAACUGUGCAGCCUCAACCCCAUGACCGACAAGCUCACCUUCUCCGUGAUCUGGACGCUAACUCCGAAGGGCAAGAUCCUCAGUGAAUGGUUUGGCCAGACUGUCAUCCGCUCCUGCACCAAACUGAGCUAUGAACAUGCACAGAGCAUGAUUGAAGGCCCCACUAGGAAGAUCCCCGAGGAGGAGCUGCCCCCUGUCUCCCCGGAGCACACCAGUGAGGAAGUGCACCGGGCUGUUUUGAACCUCCACCAUAUCGCAAAGGAGUUACGCCAACAGCGGUUUGUGGACGGCGCACUUCGUUUGGAUCAGCUAAAGCUUGCUUUUACUCUGGACCACGAGACAGGAUUGCCUCAAGGAUGUCACAUCUACGAGUACCGUGACAGCAACAAGCUCGUGGAAGAGUUCAUGCUCUUGGCCAACAUGGCUGUGGCCCGCAAGAUCCACUGCGCCUUCCCCGAGCGAGCCCUGCUACGGCGGCACCCCCCACCCCAGACCAAGAUGCUCAACGACCUGGUGGAAUUCUGUGACCAGAUGGGGCUGCCCAUGGACUUCAGCUCUGCUGGGGCCCUCAAUAAAAGUCUGAUGGAGACAUUUGGAGAUGACAAGUACUCACUGGCCCGGAAGGAGGUGCUCACCAACAUGUGCUCCCGGCCCAUGCAGAUGGCCUUGUACUUCUGCUCGGGGGUGCUGCAGGACCAGGCGCAGUUCCGCCACUACGCCCUCAAUGUGCCGCUCUACACGCACUUCACCUCGCCCAUCCGCCGCUUCGCUGACGUCCUGGUGCAUCGCCUCCUGGCCGCCACGCUGGGCUACAGGGAGCUUCCAGAUGUGGAGCCCGAGGCCCUGCAGAAGCAGGCUGACCACUGCAAUGACCGCCGCAUGGCAUCCAAGCGUGUGCAGGAGCUGAGCACCAGCCUGUUCUUUGCCAUCCUGGUCAAGGAGAGCGGCCCGCUGGAGUCGGAAGCCAUGGUGAUGGGCGUCCUGAGCCAAGCCUUCGACGUGCUGGUGCUGCGCUACGGGGUGCAGAAGCGCAUCUACUGUAAUGCGCUGCCCCUGCAGUCAUACCGUUUCCAGAAGGUGGGCAAGAAGCCGGAGCUCACGCUCGUCUGGGAGCCUGAGGACGCGGAGCAGGGGCCGGCGCAGCAGGUCGUCAGCAUCUUCAGCCUGGUGGAGGUGGUGCUGCGGGCAGAGGCCACGGCCCUCAAGUACAGCGCCAUCCUGAAGCGACCCGGCACCGAGGGCCUCCUAGACUGGCAGGACAAGCAGGGCGGCGGGGACCUCGCGGAGGAACAGGACUGAAGCCGCCAGCCGGCCCACCCCUCCCCCACUCCCGUUAGGAAUAGGAACUUCGGGCACCAACGGGGAUUCUUAAUUUGGUUUUUAACAACUCAGGGUUUUGUUUUUAUUUUUUCAUUCUAUUUUAUUUUUGCAGCUUGGUUUUCAAACUGGAGGGGGAGGGUGGGGUUGGAUGGAAGGCUGCGGGCUGGCCGGUGCUCAGCAGCGCAGAGCUAGACCUGGUCCUCCUGGGAGGCCAGCGCCCCUUCUGCCAGGUUACCCACUGCCCUCCCGUGCCCAGAAAACCAGGGGUUUUCAGUAAAUCAGAGUCAUGGAAUAAACUCAA